CGUCAUAAGCAAAGAGACUCAUUGACCUUCACCUAGACUCUUAAUAGAGUGUGGUCUAAGAAUGAGGGACGAAAAGGUAGAAGAGAAACCUGGAUUGGGUGGGCAUUGGCCUAUGUUUACCCAAAUGUUUUUCGGGUGUUUGUGAUCCCUAACACACGCCCAACCCAGGUGAAGCCGAAGCUCGGGUGUACUGACACAACAGCCUUCUACAGACGUUCAUCCUCGUGGCUAUCUAUCUCCGCGGUGAUUGUUAUGUAGCGUUUAGUGCAAUCCUACCCGGGCGUUUGCUUGUACAUAGGAGUGGAGUAUCACCAGGCUGGCUGCCGAGCUUGGGCAACUGCUUUCUGCUCUAAGUUUAUUGUGUGCUCCUUGGAGCUCAAAAUGAGGUACCCAAGACAAGCAGGCAGAUGACCGUACUACUUGAGAUCCCCGCCUGUACACCGGUUGGAACUGAGCGAGUCGAAUGACUUUGCGGCUUUCCAAUCUACCUCUCAAGCACAACCUACCUUGUCACAUUAGACUCACGUAUAGACAAGUGGUACCUUCAUUACAGGCGAAGCAGGCUCGGUUGGAUUUGCCCAAUUUUGAACGCCUAGACGAGAUCUGACGCUCUGCACGCACCGGCUAGAUCCGAUUCCCGCAGCUGAUUUCCGUCUCUCGUCCCAAGUUCCCUCAGUCGUACCAAGCAUCCGGUAGCGGGGCGCUGGCAAUGGAUGAGGUGAUGGUGAAGAAGGGGAUCAAAAGGACCAGCCAUCAACUUCCCACGGAGAAAAGGAGACUACAGCCGAAGUCACCGUCGCCAUCAAAUAGGUCCUACUCAAGAGCAUGGGAAGGACAAAGCGCUACAGCUCUAGCCGCUGCUGUCAUCCCGCCUCCUCUCUUUCUCUCUCUACCUCCUGAAGCCAUCACAUCUAGCGGUAAUACUGAUCCAUUAUGGGGAGGUCCGACCAGGUGGAGCUUGGCCAUGGCUCCGGGACCGCCAUCAAGUUGGGAUCAAACCGAUGCGUUCGCUACAAUGACCAAUAUGGGCUUUGCGUCACAGAAUACAGUACAAGAUAGGGACAACGAUGUCUUCUCUGCACCCAACACAGAACUGGGGUUUCCAGUCACCGCCAUCAACGACAUGGCUGCCGUCAAUGCUCGUGCAAGUCAUGGCGAGGGCGGUAUUGAAGACUGCCUCCCAAAUAAGCCGCUCGAGAGGUGGCAAGUCCCCAACCAUAGCACUACACCUGUCUAUACCCCUUCUUUUGCAAAUCUGCUUCAUUACCCAACAUUGCCCUACACGGAUGCCCACGCCUACACUCAUACUCGCCCUCAAUCCACGGAUUCGAUAGGCCUCUUCGUCUCGGGGAGCAACAUCGCCGAAUAUCACCACGGUUUCACGAGCGCGGGUGAUGGGGUUACUACUAGUACCCCGUUCCGAAAUCCCCUCGUCGGCCUUCCCGAAGCACUUGCGUUUCCUUGCUACGAAAAGCCACGUACUUCCUCGGGCGCGUUGCUGGAACCUACAAACAAAUUCCCUGUUGCACAUUGUCAUGCUGGACAUGUACCCGAUGUGAGCCGUUAUCUCGGUCCCGACGACUUCCAUCUUCCUGGCAAUAAUGAACCGUGGUACGAAGAGGUAAUACCGGCACCCUCGUUCGACAACAACACUGUCACCCGACCAUCACCUCAAAAUCGCUCGUUGUUUGUCGGCGAGCCCAGAUGGGAUGAUGGCCUCAAACGAGCGAUUGUAGAAAUGGGAGGGCCAAUCCCCAGCGCGCGCGGGGUUGCCCCGGACGAAGAGAAGGCUCAGCGACCCCGUCGUCCCCGCGGCCAGCUACUCCCCAAAGACCGCGAAGAAACGAGCAACACCCGCAAACGAAAGGCCUGUAUUCGCUGUCGGAUGCAAAAGAUCCGGUGCAUACCCGAUCCCAGCAAGCCCGAGACGGAGUGUUGUCUGUGCUGCCGGAAGGUGCUGCUCCUCGAGACCAAGAAGGUCAUCCAUCGAAUCCCGUGCCUGCGGUGGAAUCUGAACGAAGCGGUCCUGUUUCGCGUGGGCGGGCUGGGUCUGACCAAGCGGUGGACGGGGGUCUCGGUCGAGAAUAUCCAGCACUGCGACUGGGCCGACGAGCGCAUCGUCACUAUCUACAUAGGCAUCACGACGCUACUUUGCGACGCCCUGCCGCUGAAAGUAAGACGCUUCAAGCCGAACAGUACCGAUGUCCAGCACCGCUAUUGGCAGAGCAAGGAGACGGAGCCGCCCAUCUUGAUCCAUGUCCCUGCGUAUGCCCUCGCCGACGUCGAUGCCGCUUCGGUGGAUUACCGGCGAUUCAUUGGGAUGAACGCUGAAGAGGCUAUUCGUCGAUUCACGAAGGAUCCGAAAGUUGACGAUUAUGUGCGAUGCACGUUUACGAUGGCUUUAGUCCACAGCGCCAAGGUCGCGAAUAAAGGCUUUGGCAAGACCAAAGGAGAUCCAGCAAAGUUAUUCCGUAGUUAUUUCCAACUAUGGCUGGCAUCGCGCUUCACCAUCGGCACGGCAUAUAUCGCCAACGGCCACGAGGCGCUCGAAGGAGGCACCACGGACCAUCCCCCGGACGGCAAACACUUCGUAUCUAGGAUGGUCACAGCCCAGUUCGACUCCAUCGGGUAUAAACAUGUGCUGGCUAAGCUGAAGAGAGAGGUCCUCGAGGAACUCUGGCUACUCAUGCAGAAGCGCACCGAAGCCACGUUCUUCACGGUGUACCUUGUUGUGUUUAUGCUGCUGCAUGAGAUUGCUGUUGCGUGUCAGGAUCGGAGAAGGCGGGCCAGGGAGAUGGGGCUUCCGACAUACUAUGACCUCGAAGACGUCGCGUCCAAGAUCCAGCACGGCGCCGACAUCAUCCUCGGCCAUUGGCAUUAUUACAAGGGAGACCUCGACCCGCUGUCGAUGAACCUGGGGAGUAAGAUGAGGGCUUUCGGCACCGAGAAUGAGCCGGAAGUCAGCCUUCUUGUCACGACGUGUGAAAAGUAUGCGGAGAUGAAGAAGGUGUCACGCAACGAGAUGGGCUGGGAGCAGGACCCCCUCCACCUCGUGUCGCUCAUGUUUGAGCGGAACUGGCAGCCUCUGGAGAGCUGCUGGCCUUAGAUUUCUAUGAGUUAUGGUAAAGGAAGGCAACACUGUUAUUGAUUUGGCGUUCGAUACGGAGAUACAUGUUUCCCUCUCUAUUUAUUUUUGUCGUUGUUCAUAUUUAUCGAAACGGGACACCUAAUACUAGAGUAUGGCAAAGAGACACGGGGAACUCUU